ACUUUUCGCUCCCUGCUUUACUACUGUCAUCCUCGAAACCAGAGUCUUCGACAUCGGAAAAAAGCGAGAAUUUGCGAGGCAUUUAAGUCGUUUUGAUUUUCGCAGCGAAGUUCAUUGCAGGUGGAAGACGAAAAGCGAUAUAUAUACGUCAUCCUCAUCCUGAAACUUCUCUCGGUAUAAGAAAACCCCAAUCUUUGCGACGGCCCAAGUUCCAAAUUCUGGGGCAGAUGAAUCGUCGUGGAAGAGCACACGACGUGGGAUCGAACUCCGGCCCGCCGAGAGGCCGAGGUUGGCGUCCAGUGGAUGAUCAUGGGCAUCGCCGCUCCUCUCCUGGAGACAUGGAACUUAAUUUGGGCAUGAACAGAAUCCAAAUUGAGGAAACGGAGAAUAAUUCUCUUUCACUCAACACAAAUAGUGACUCUCUGCGAAGUGAGCCUCAGCAACCUUCAAGUUCCGACAGUGGUAAAGCCAAGGAAACGAAAAGUAUUGCUGGCUUUGAAAAUUUGGUGCCUGCUGAGGACUUUAAAGGGACUGGAAGAUUUGAUAUUUGUGUGCCCCAAGUUGGUGCACCUGUAAUGCUGAAGCCUUCGUUGCUCGUAAAGAAUAGAGAAAAGCGUAAUGAAGAGAAACGGUCACUGGAAGAACCUAACUGGAGAAUAUUGAGACCUGGAAUGGUUCUUCUUAAAAGCUAUCUCUCCAUAAGUGAUCAGGUUAAAAUUGUGAAGCUGUGCCGGGACCUUGGUCUUGGAGCUGGAGGUUUCUACCAGCCUGGUUAUAAGGAUGGUGCAAAGUUGCAUCUGAAAAUGAUGUGCCUUGGUAAAAACUGGGACCCUGAGACAAGCGAGUAUGGAGUGCGUCGACCAAUUGAUGGAGCCAAACCGCCAAGGAUCCCGGAAGAAUUUUGUUACUUGGUUGCAAAAGCUAUCAGUGAUUCUGAUGCUCUUAUAAGUAAAAAUAUCAAGAAAAAUGAUGCACAGGAAAAACUUCCACCAAUGGCCCCAAACAUCUGCAUUGUGAACUUUUACACCGCCAGUGGGCGACUUGGUCUCCAUCAGGAUCGAGAUGAGAGUGAAGAAAGCCUUCGCAAAGGAAUACCUGUGGUGUCUUUCUCCAUUGGAGACUCGGCAGAAUUUUUAUAUGGAGAUGAAAGAGACAUUAAAGCUGAAAAGGUUUUACUGGAAUCAGGAGACGUCUUGAUAUUCGGUGGGAAAUCUAGACAUAUUUUUCAUGGGGUACCUUCUAUUCUCCAGGACUCUGCACCCAAGGCUUUGUUGGAAGAAUCAAGGCUUCGAACUGGCCGCCUGAAUUUAACUUUCCGAGAGUACUGAUAUCAUAGUAUUAGUUGGAAAUGGCUGUUAAUUGGUU